AUGCUGUUGAAAAUAUUUUAUCAGCAUACAAAUAAUUAAAUGAAGAAAAGUCAUCGUCAUAAAAAAAGAGUAUAGAAAAAAGUACCUGAUUAUCUUACCAAAAUAAAAUCAAGUAUCAAAGACAAAAAUAAAAUAAUUAGAAAAUAUGCAAAUUAGUAAACUAAAGAAAUGGAUAAAUAGAAAUAUUUGAUCUUAAGAAGAAAUUCAAUUACUAAAAUUGGACUUAAAAAAAUAAGAAUCUAUAAAUGA